AUGGCUGAAGCCAUAAGGCAACAACAGCAGUGGCAACAACAACAACAACCACCACCCCCACCUCCAAUGCCUGUGCCACUUCCAGCUCCGGGGUGUCAGCCGGAGAGUUGUACUAUUACUUUGACCGGAGAAUUUAAAAUGAUGAAGCCACCGGUGUUUCAUGGCGGAAUCGAACCGUUGAAGGCCGAAGCUUGGGCGUUGGUGCUAUUGGUUCAAGAUGAGAACAAAGAUGUUACUUGGGCUCGUUUUCUAGAAAUCUUUUACGAGAAAUACUUUCCACAAUGUGAAGUAUCUGAAUUUAUGGAACUCAAGAAGGAAAAUAAGUCAAUUGCCGAGUAUGAGGCUCAAUUUAUAGAAUUAGCUCGCUUUGCACCCCAUAUGGUAAAUACAUAUUACAAAAAGGCCAAACAGUUUGAAGGAGGUUUGCAUGACCCAAUUUUGGAUAAAAUCAAUGUGCUCAAAUUGCCGACAUACGUGGAUGCACUUGAUAGGGCACUAAUAGCAGAAAGAAAUGUGGCCAACCGUAAACAAAACUUCGAAUGGAAGGGCAGAAAACAGAAUUUUAAUAAGGGGGCUACAUCAACAAACAAGAGGUUAAAAUCUGAGAGUUCUAAUAAUACCAAUUCAAGCCAAGGUGGCAAUUCAGCACCAACUUGUGCUACUUGUGGAAAGAAACAUUGGGGUGUUUGCUAUUGCACAUCAGGGGCUUGUUAUCACUGUGGAAAGACGGGACACAUCGCAAGGGAUUGUACACAGCCAUGUCGAAGUGGGAAUCAUGGCACUGCAAGUUCAACUAGAUCUACUCUAACAACAAGAACAAAUGCAACACCCGUUACGAUAAGAAAUGAACAAAGGCAAGAAAGGGUUUUUGCACUGAUUCUGGGGGAUACUCAAAAUACUGAAGCAGUAGUGCCAAGUACAAUCUUCAUAUGUGGUAAACCUGCCUAUACUUUAAUUGAUUCAGGGUCUGCACAUUCAUUUGUUUCUAUGAUUUUUGCUGAAACUUUGAAUAGACCUAUGGAAACAUUGAGUUAUACAUUAUGUGUUGCAUCACCUACGGAGGAAUCCAUGUUGUGCUCAACUGUAUUUGCUGCAUGUGAAUUAUUUCUUGAGCAUGUUGUUUUAUAUACUGAUUUAAUUCCUCUAGACAUGAGACAUUUUGAUGUUGUUCUGGAUAUGGAUUGGCUUGCUAAGUACUAA